AUGACCUUAGGAGAGCAGGCCAAGGCGGAACAGAACCAGCACUCAGGCGCGCGGCGGGUGCGCAAAGCUGCCUUUGAAGACGUCGAGAAGGCGCUGUACAAAUGGUUUAUCGACAAGGGGCCGGAAUAUUUCUUUAUCGGGACCAAUGCUACAGCAGAAGGCCAAGACCUUUGCGUUCAUUCUCGGCGCCGAGAAGUUUACUGCUUUCGGCAUGCAGAUUUCGUGACCCGCAUUGAAGAAGCUUCCAAGAAAGCAACCGAAGAUUUGACGUUGGAUGGCACAGUGGAAGAAUGCCAGCUUGAAGAAACCUGGAGCCAGUUCGAGCGCUUUGUCGGUGCUGAGCCACACAGCAUGUGCAUUGAGGACUUCGUUGGCGGCGACGACAGCACCGGAACAGUGGCGGAGUUAACAGACGUGGAGAUCGCUGCAGAAGUGACUGCUGAGCGGCCAAACCAAGACGCUACCGAGGCUGAUCCAGCAAGCGCCCAUGUUGCCCCACUCCCGACUGUAACUGAGGCUGUAGCUGCUUUGGCCGUUGUACGCCGCUACUGCAGCGCAAUAGAAGGCACUGGACUGUCUCUUGUGGACCGUUUGGACUAUGUUGAGGACGCCGUGGUCAAACACGCGGUUGCCAAUAUGAAGCAGGCUACGCUGCUUCAGUACUUUCAGCGAACUAAAUAAAUACUUUGUUUGAAGCUUCA